UAUGAUGAGACAGCUGGGUCACCAGCCAGUAACGCCAUCAUCCCCACAAACGGGAAAACCCACAUUUCUUAAAACAAAAAUCUCAAAAAAUAAAAAACCCCACAUAAACCUCCUCUGUUCUUCACAGAUCUCUGCUUUCUGUUCACGGUCAUGAGAAGAGCGUCCACUCUCGCCUCUUCCGUCCUCUCUCGGACCCUCACCCCCACCCUCCACGAAGGCGGUGCCCUCUCCACCAUCAACCACCGUUUCCUCCUUGUUGCACUCUACAGCACCACCAGCAAUACCGGCAGUUCCCACAGUCGCCGGAUCUUCAACCCAUUCUCCUCGUCUCUCGGUGUCGCCGGGGCCUUAGUCUCCGCCGCUGCCGCUGCAUCUCUCUCUCAAGACGUCCUCGCCAAGGAGCCACCACGGGCCGAGCUCGUGCCUAAGGAAGUUGUUCUAUAUCAGUACGAGGCCUGUCCUUUUUGCAAUAAAGUUAAAGCUUAUUUGGAUUACUAUGAUAUACCAUACAAAGUAGUGGAAGUGAAUCCAAUUAGUAAGAAAGAGAUCAAAUGGUCUGAUUAUAAGAAGGUUCCUAUAUUGACGGUGGAUGGAGAACAGCUUGUCGACUCUUCAGCCAUCAUUGAUAAGUUGAGAAACAAGAUACAUGGUAAGGAAAUUGUAGAAUCUGCUUCUGAUAAGGAUGAUGAUGAAGAGAUAAAGUGGCGGAGGUGGGUUGACAAUCACUUGGUACAUGUCUUGUCUCCAAACAUUUAUCGCAAUACUUCUGAGGCUCUUGAAUCCUUCGACUAUAUCACAAGCAAUGGUAAUUUUAGCUUUACAGAGAAAAUCACCGUCAAGUAUGCUGGAGCUGCUGCAAUGUAUUUUGUGUCAAAGAAAUUGAAGAAGAAAUAUAACAUUACUGAUGAACGUGCUGCCCUGUAUGAAGCUGCGGAAACAUGGGUGGAUGCUCUGAAUGGCCGAGAGUUUCUUGGGGGGUCAAAGCCUAAUUUAGCUGACCUUGCUGUUUUUGGGGUGUUGAGACCCAUCCGCUAUCUGAGGUCUGGUAGAGAUAUGGUGGAGCAAACUCGAAUAGGAGAUUGGUAUACAAGAAUGGAGAACGCUGUGGGGGAAUCCGCAAGGAUAAAGGCUUAGAGUGGAUUUAUUAUGCGCUACUCGUUUAGCUUCCAGCUUCCACAACCACUGUAUUGUGAAAUACAGGAACCAAAAUAUUUUACAACGAUUUGAUCAUAUGAACAAUUUUGUGAUUUAAGAAUUCAAAAUUGAAGCUCAUUUUUAGGAGGUAAAAUAAUGAUUAUUAUACGUAUAAAUGGUGAAAAAAUAAAGAAAAUUUACGUGUGGAUUGUCAAACUACCCAUGGAUAGUGAUAUUUGUUCCACUGGUACAUUACAUAGCUACCAUUAUUUCAAUUUGACUAUUGGUCGACAAAAACUUCUCUGGAUUGUAAUUCCCGUGUGAGGAUGGGAUGUUAUUGGAACUGGCCAUUUUUUCUUGCCUAGUGAAAAUGCUAUUAUGAUUC